AUGGGGAGAUGGAGAGCUUCUCCUCUCCUUUUACGCUUCGCCUCCAUUUCUAAAUGCAUUAACCCGAAUCCUAACGGUUUUCGGCCUAUCAAACCCAUUCAUCUUUCACUUGCUUUAAUACCCAGAACUAGAUUUUGUAGUUUCAGGGCAUUCUCGGCACUCCCAUCUCCAUCCCCAAUCUAUGACAAUGAAUUCGAUCUCAGUGCCAAUGAUUUUGUUCAGAGUUCCGUUUUGGACUCCGAGGAAGAAGAGGAAAGUGGAAAGAUCCCAGUCAAAGCUUUUUUUCUUUGCACCAGUAUUGAUUUGAAGAGCAUGCAAGCUGAGAAUUCAAGCAAUGUUCUUCCUGUCUCUCGCUCAUCAAACUAUAUUGCUCUCAGAUUUUUCAAUUUCCCUUCAGAAACUACA